CUCUCGGGGCAUAUGUGCUGGGCCUCUAAUGCAGACUGAACAUGUGUGUUUCUGUGUCUUUGUGUGUGCAGUAGAUAGUCUCUAUGUCUUCAACUAUUUAUUGUUUACAUAUGAACAAGAGAGAUACCUAAACUUGACAUUGGAUUAUUAAAUAUUUAAGAGUGCUGAGGACACACAACAUUUCAUACUUUUGUCCUAUAUGGGAUCUGUUUUCAUAACAUAAGGCACCAAGAAUGAUGAACGUCUGGACCUUUCAGCAUUUCUUUUGGACUAUUACUGAACUCCACGAGGAUGGGUUGUGCUUGUAGUGACCAGAACCAUCUAAAAGGUCAUGAGCAUUAUAAAUCAACAAACUCUAACACAUCUCACGCGUCAAGAGAUCACAAGAAGCAAAACAACAAUCAAGAUGAAGAUGUUGUUGUUGCACAAUAUGACUUCCAGCCUGCUAGUGAAAAUGAUCUACAAUUCAAAAAAGGGGACAGACUCAGGAUUAUUAAGGAAAAUGGAGAAUGGUGGUUGGCGAAGUCCUUGGUCACAGGUUAUGAGGGAUUUAUUCCAUCUACAUAUGUGGCAAGAGCACAAACGCUACAAGUGGAGAGAUGGUUUUUUAAGGACAUGAAUCGCAGAGACACAGAGCGUCUUCUGCUGGCACCAGGAAAUAAACCUGGUUCCUUUCUUGUGAGAGAAAGUGAAACAACCAAAGGUGCGUUCUCCCUGUCCAUCAGAGACUCUACUCCAGAGCAGGGGGAUGUGGUCAAGCACUAUAAGAUCCGAGCCCUGGAUAAUGGCGGAUAUUACAUCUCUCCGUCCACAAGCUUUUCUUCUCUUCAAGAGCUGGUGAAGUAUUACUCUAGGACAGCGGAUGGUUUGUGCCAGAGGUUAGGAAAUCCCUGUAAAAGCACCGCCCCUCAGAGACCCUGGGCUCAGGAUGAGUGGGAGAUUCCCAGAGAAACACUGAAGCUGGUGAAGAAAUUGGGUGCUGGUCAGUUUGGAGAAGUGUGGAUGGGGUUCUACAAAAACAACCAGAAAGUUGCCAUCAAGACUUUAAAGGAGGGCACAAUGGAGCCUGAAGCCUUCCUGCAGGAGGCCAAUCUGAUGAAGCAGCUCCAGCACGAGAGACUGGUCAAACUGCACGCUGUCGUCACCAGAGAGCCCAUUUUUAUUGUCACUGAAUACAUGGCUAAUGGAAGCCUGUUAGACUUUCUGAAGACAGACGAUGGCCAUAAAUUAAAACUUUCGAAGCUGAUUGAUAUGGCUGCUCAAAUAUCGGAGGGCAUGGCUUACAUCGAGAGAAAAAACUACAUUCACAGAGACCUGCGUGCCGCUAAUAUUCUCGUCUCAGAGACCCUGCACUGUAAAAUAGCUGACUUCGGUCUUGCCAGGAUCAUAGAAACAGAAUACACUGCACAAGAGGGUGCAAAGUUCCCUAUUAAGUGGACAGCUCCUGAAGCCAUCAACUACGGUACUUUCACCAUUAAGUCAGACGUGUGGUCCUUCGGAAUUCUUUUAACAGAGAUUGUCACAUAUGGCCGGGUACCGUAUCCAGGCAUGACGAAUCCAGAGGUGAUCCGUAACCUUGACAGGAACUACAGGAUGCCGUGUCCAGACGCAUGUCCGGGAGAGCUCUAUGACAUCAUGGCAAAGUGUUGGAUGGAAAGGCCAGAGGACAGGCCUACUUUUGAAUACCUGCAGGACACUCUCAAUGACUUCUUCAUUGCUACUGAAGGCCAGUAUGAGAUGCAGCCAUAACCUCCAUGUGGAAUCUGCAUGAACUGUAAUGAGGAUGUACAAAAGACACAAUGGACUAAAUCCACAUCGAAAUGGAUUAUGGGGAAUAUACUGUAGCAAGAAAACUGCCUCGUUGUAUAUUAGUAAAUAUUUUAUUUGACACAUUUUCACUGUUUUCCAUCUAUUUCUUUGAUUUUCGUUUUACAUAUUAGGAUGUUUCAUUAUUCUUUCAAGCUGAAGUCUGUAUUGUUUUCAAUAAAAUAUUUAACUUA